CUGUCUUUCCUGCUAUUCUAGGAUUUUCAGAAACACCUCUUUCAGUUUAUCCAUUCUCUUCCUUUUUUUUUUCCUGGCAUCUGAUUUCUUGUAGUCCUUAAUAGCUUAAAACCAUUUCUGCUGGUAUCUGUGGGUGGUGAGGAUACCUUGGAACAGCAUGAGUGAAACUCCAGCUGAGUUGACAAUCCUGAAGGGAGAAUAUGCCUCUAAAGCUGUACAGUGACUAUAAGGGAAUUUCCACAAUGGCGAAGAGGGAAGGUAGUAAUUGUGCUACUGAUCAGAAUGCAAGUCAGAACAUCAUGCCAAGAAGAAAUACAGGAAAUCUUAACUACUUGAAUGUGGAUAUGCAAGUCACCAAUCCACCAGAAGCAGCUGCACUUUUUGAUUUACAUCAAGCACACCAUUUUGGUGAGUUUGAACACUCUUCAGAACAGCACUGCAAGCAGGAUCUGUUCCCUAAGUGGCACUUACCAAUGAAGAUAGCAUCUGUGAUCUCAUUAUUAAUAUUUAUUUAUACUUCUAUGAGAGAUGUCAUAUAUCCUUUUAUAACCAGAAAGGAAAAUGUUUUCUAUAAAAUUCCAAUACUUGUCAUAAACAAAGUUUUACCAGUGGUUUCAAUUACCCUUUUAGCACUAGUAUAUUUACCAGGAAUAUUAGCUGCUGGUUUCCAGCUGUACUUUGGCACCAAGUAUAAAAGAUUUCCCCAGUGGCUGGAUAGAUGGAUGUUAUCAAGGAAACAAUUUGGACUUCUCAGUUUCUUCUUCGCUUCAAUGCAUGCCUGCUAUAGCCUGUGCUAUCCAAUGAGAAGAUCAUACAGAUACAAGCUGCUGAACUGGGCAUUCCAGCAGGUCAAACAAAAAAAAGAAAAUGCCUGGAUUGAACACGAUGUUUGGAGAAUGGAGAUUUAUGUGUCUCUAGGAAUUCUGGGACUUGCUUUGCUGGCCUUGUUGGCAAUAACAUCAAUUCCAUCUGUCAGUCACUCUUUGACCUGGAGAGAGUUCCACUACAUUCAGAGCAAGAUGGGAUAUGUAGCUUUGCUCCUAUGCACCGUUCACGCACUGGUGUUUGCUUGGAAUAAGUGGGUCGAUGUUAACCAAUUUAUCUGGUAUACACCACCUUCAUUUAUGAUAGCAGUUUUUCUUCCUAUUGUAGUUCUGCUUUGUAAAUGUGUACUGCUCCUCCCAUGUUUUAGGAAGAGGAUAAGAAAGAUUAGAUGUGGUUGGGAAGCUAACACACAAACCAAUCAAACCAGCAUGACCUCCAGACUGUAGAUCAAAUAAGAAUAUUUCCUAUGUAUGUAUGUAAAUAUGCUCAAGGCCAUGAAAUAUUCACUCAUGAACUCUGUUUUCACAUUUUCUAUAGAUGUUUCUUUUUCACUUUUCAUUUUGACUUCAGGAGUAUGGUAUACUUGAUGCAAUUUUGACUUUUUCUAAGACAGAAGAUGGAAACAUUUAUUUUACACUUUAAUCUGUGUUUUGGUAUUUGAUUAUUUCUUUCUUCUGACUCACUGCUUCUAAAAUCCAAGGGUUUCAUUGUCUCAAUCCUAAUUCUUUUGUAGGCAAAAACAAACAUAAAUCAUUGCUCCAGAUGACCACACAAAGUAAAAAAAUUAUUACAGCACAGAACCCAGGAAUGUUUUCUGCUUCGUGUGUUCCUUCGUUACAUCUCAGUAUUGUAAUGGGACAAAAACCAUUCACCCUUAUCACCUGCAUCCUAUGUUACAGUCUGGCACAUGAGCCAGACAGAAACUGUGUAUUCCCUCCAGGUCUUGAACUUAGACAAUUGGGCAAGCAGAACUGCAGGGAACUUUACAAGGUAAAUAUAUCCUGCGGCUUGGGCACAGUUUAAAAAAAGAGUUUUUAAACUCAGAUCUCCCUCUUAUACAGGACUAGGUGUGUCUCUGUUUACUUGAAACCAUAAACCAUUUCCCAUUUUUUAUUCCAUGAACACGUUCUUUUGUUUUUGAUGCUGGAAAUUUUCCAUGCUUUUGACCUAAUCCUGCAGCCCAUGACACAUGCUAAACUUUAUUCAUACAAAUUAGUCCAGUGGGAUAACUCAGGUCAGGUAAAUGUGUUUUACUGUUUACUCUAGGGCCAGCACAAUUGUGUGACUAGAAGAAAAACAUUAAAAAUAGACGUUUGAACCUUGCCAUUGAUUUGGUGAGAUUUCCAUGUAAAAUGGCUUCCAAAUGCAUUUGCUUUUGCAGACAUUUUCAUAAUAACUUUAAUAAGCUCAUUAAACCUCACUUUCCUUAUGUUACAUUGGUCUGGCUGAAUUUUUUAAUGAAUAGUUCAUUUGUUAGUAUCUACUUUAAAAUAUGUUAUUCAGUAGUUAAUAUUUUCAGCCAGCAUCAGGAACAUUUCUGCCAGUCUCCCGGAAGGAGCUGACCAUGAUGUGGACUGUUGCUGCCACCUAUUGCUGGAAUCAUCUGAAUGAGAAUUGUAAUUGGUAAUGACUCUGGUAUUAAAACAAACAGGAAAACAAUGUAUGCCUAAUAUAUGGUGCUAAUGAUUCCGUUGUAUCUUUGUGGACUUUUACACUGAGCAUAAAUAACAGACAAACUAAAUAGCUACAGGGAUAUUACAUUUUGCAUUUCCCUGGUUAUUACAAGUCGAUUAUUGCAACUUAAAAGUUGACCUUAUUUGCACAUAAUGUAGGACUGUGAAAAUAAUUGGGGACAUGGUGACCUGU